GGUGGGAGGAGGGGGCGGGGAGGGAAGCGGAGGCUGGGGCGCUCUAGGCCGGCCGGCGGUGGCGGCGGCAAGGCCGGGACUCGGGCUGAGGGCCUGCUGUGGCGGCAGCGGCGGACGCCAAGCUCAGCCGCGGGUUUCUCGGGAAACCCCCCUGGUAAGUGUGGAGGAGGCGGGACACUCUGACCCAAGACAAAAGGCCUGUAGCUCCAGCCAAAGAACAUAAACCUUAGGAGGGAGAAAGGAAAACAAAACAAAACAAAAAAAAUAUCAUCAGCUGUUCCUGAGAACAGCCUUCAGUGGAAUCUACAGAGACAACCGAUGUGAGUGAGGAAGUGACUGUAUGUGGACUGUGGAGACAGUAAGUCACGUGGGCCCUCGGGGCCUGGACUGGGUUAGGAAGAGUUGUACUUAUAGAGGUGAGGUGUCAAGAAGGGAAAAGUGAAUGUGGUCUGGAGUGUGGCCUUGGCUCCACGGGGUGUGCUUUCCCUCCAAGGCCAUCAGGGAGCUCAACCCCUGUGUUCUGCCAGGGUAGGGUACAGGGUUUGGCACUGAGGAGGGUAACUUGCUGGCUGGAGCAGCAGAGCAGUGGCCUUGAUUUGUCUUUUGGAAGAUUUAAAAACCAAAAAGCAUAAACAUUCUGGUCCUUCAGCAAUGCUUUCUCUGAAGAAAUACUUAACGGAAGGACUCCUCCAGUUCACCAUUCUGCUGAGUUUGAUUGGGGUGCGGGUGGACGUGGAUACUUACCUGACCUCACAGCUCCCCCCACUCCGGGAGAUCAUCCUGGGGCCCAGUUCUGCCUAUACUCAAACUCAGUUCCACAACCUGAGGAAUACCUUGGAUGGCUAUGGUAUCCACCCCAAGAGCAUAGACCUGGACAAUUACUUCACUGCCCGGCGACUCCUCAGUCAGGUGAGGGCCCUGGACAGGUUCCAGGUGCCAACCACUGAGGUGAACGCCUGGCUGGUCCAUCGGGAUCCGGAGGGGUCUGUCUCUGGCAGCCAGCCCAGCUCAGGCCUGGCCCUCGAAAGUUCCAGUGGCCUCCAGGAUGUGACAGGCCCAGACAACGGGGUGCGAGAAAGCGAAACGGAGCAGGGAUUCAGUGAAGAUUUGGAGGAUUUGGGGGCUGUAGCCCCUCCAGUCAGUGGAGACUUAACCAAAGAGGAUAUAGAUCUGAUUGACAUCCUUUGGCGACAGGAUAUUGAUUUAGGAGCUGGGCGUGAGAUUUUUGAUUAUAGUCACCGCCAGAAGGAGCAGGAUGUGGAUAAGGAGUUGCGAGAUGGCACAGAGCAGGAGGACACCUGGCCAGGAGAGGGUGCAGAAGCUCUGGCACGAAACCUGCUAGUGGAUGGAGAAACCGGGGAGAGCUUCCCUGCACAGUUUCCAGCAGACAUUUCCAGCAUAACAGAAGCAGUGCCUCGUGAGAGUGAGCCCCCGGGUCUUCAGAACAACCUCUUGUCUCCUCUCCUGACGGGGACAGAGUCGCCAUUUGAUUUGGAACAGCAGUGGCAAGAUCUUAUGUCCAUCAUGGAAAUGCAGGCCAUGGAGGUGAAUACAUCCACAAGUGAGAUCCUGUACAGUGCCCCUCCUGCAGACCCACUGAGCACCAACUACAGCCUUGCCCCCAACACUCCCAUCAAUCAGAAUGUCAGCCUGCAUCAGGCAUCCCUGGGGGGCUGCAGCCAGGACUUCUCACUCUUUAGCCCUGAGGUGGAGAGCCUGCCUGUGGCCAGCAGCUCCACACUUCUUCCGCUGGUCCCCAGCAAUUCCACCAGCCUCAACUCUACAUUUGGCUCCACCAACCUGGCGGGGCUCUUCUUUCCGCCCCAGCUCAACGGCACAGCCAAUGACACAGCAGGCCCUGAGCUGCCUGACCCCCUGGGGGGUCUGUUAGAUGAAGCCAUGCUGGAUGAGAUCAGCCUGAUGGACCUAGCCAUUGAAGAAGGCUUUAAUCCCGUGCAGGCCUCGCAGCUUGAAGAGGAGUUUGAUUCUGACUCAGGCCUCUCCUUGGACUCCAGCCAUAGUCCUUCCUCUCUGAGCAGCUCUGAGGGCAGCUCUUCCUCCUCCUCUUCCUCCUCCUCCUCUUCCUCCUCUUCUACUUCUUCCUCAGCCUCUUCCUCCUUUUCUGAGGAAGGUGCUGUUGGCUAUAGUUCUGACUCUGAGACCUUGGAUCUGGAAGAGGCUGAGGGCGCUGUAGGCUACCAGCCCGAGUAUUCUAAGUUCUGCCGCAUGAGCUACCAGGAUCCGUCCCAGCUCUCCUGCCUGCCCUACCUGGAGCAUGUGGGCCACAACCACACGUACAACAUGGCGCCCAGUGCCCUUGAUUCUGCCGACCUGCCACCACCCAGCACGCUCAAGAAAGGCAGCAAGGAGAAGCAGGCUGACUUUCUGGACAAGCAGAUGAGCCGGGAUGAGCAUCGAGCCCGAGCCAUGAAGAUUCCUUUCACCAAUGACAAAAUCAUCAACCUGCCUGUGGAGGAGUUUAAUGAGCUGCUGUCCAAAUACCAGCUGAGUGAAGCCCAGCUCAGCCUCAUCCGUGACAUCCGGCGCCGGGGGAAGAAUAAGAUGGCAGCACAGAAUUGCCGCAAGCGCAAGCUGGACACCAUUCUGAACCUGGAGCGGGAUGUGGAGGAUCUGCAGCGUGAUAAAGCCCGGCUGCUGCGGGAGAAGGUGGAGUUUCUCCGGUCCCUACGGCAGAUGAAGCAGAAGGUCCAGAGUCUCUACCAAGAGGUGUUUGGGCGGCUGCGGGAUGAGAACGGGCGUCCCUACUCACCCAGUCAGUAUGCACUCCAGUACGCCGGGGAUGGCAGCGUCCUCCUCAUUCCCCGCACCCUGGCUGACCAGCAGGCCCGGCGGCAGGAGAGGAAGCCAAAGGACAGGAGAAAGUGAGCCCAGGAGGAAGGGGGGUUGACGCUCACCAAGAUGGAAACUGGAGAAGGGCUGGGCCUGGACCUGGACCUACAGCGGGGACUUUAAUGCCUUCUUAUCCAAUAGAUCUUCUCAGAGGGGAUGACUGCGGGUCAGUGGAGAGGAAGAGGCAGGCGCAGGCGCUGUCUGGCUCAGCUUCCCCCAUUAGGGGUGGUGAGAAUGGCCAGGCUGGGUGGACAGGGUCCUCCCCCUCCCCCUUUCCUUCUAGGGAAGGGGUGGUACUGGCAUUGCUGGAGGCCAGCAGAGGAGAAAGAUGGGUCUUAUGAGAGGAGAGGAAAGUAGAAAGGCUCCUUCCUGCAUGGAUGGACAUAGGAAUGAACGAAGUAAGGAAGAAAAAAAAACCCAAAAAAAUCAAAGCGGGAAGAAAUCGAAGGGUAGAUUAAGAUUGUCUUUGGCCAGGAUUCCAGGCGGCAGGUUUUAAGGUGGGACUAGAUCAUCCGAGUGAGUAAACCCCACUUCCCCACCCUGGUGAGGGUUGGUAUUCAGACAAGGAUAGGUGGGAUUGGGCAAGGUUUUGUGACACUUUCUGUUCCCUGCACUUUGGUACCCAUGGAAGGAGCUCUUAGCUCUUCUGUACUUAAUGUUGCCAUCAGAGGAGAGCCCCUGGAACCCAAUGCUGGCUGGAGGGUGGGCGUCAAAGGGUCGGGUGGACAGGAAAGGGUCAUGCAGCCCUGUGUUGCCACAGCCCCACGAGCAUGUCACCCAGCUGCCCUGCCUCCAUCUCCCUCUGCACCCAUGUCCCUGAGCUGAGGCUCCCAGGUCUCCAUCAGAGCCUGCAUGCAAACGCUGUUCUCUGCUGCCCAUCCAGGCCUCCCUUCCCCGGCCCUCACCGCGCCCACUGGAGCUGGCAGUGCCCCCAGUGCUGGGCCCUAUGGCCUUCCUCUUCUGGGGGCUGCUGUAGGGCAGGGAAGUGAGAGGGAGAAGCCAGGCAGUAUUCAGCACAACACUGGGGAGAGACCCCGCAGGCCCCCCUACCAACAACUGGGCUUGUCACUGGAAACACAAAACUACAAAACCCAGCAACAAAAAAACUAGUCCUCUUAGAGUUUCUUGCGCUUUGAUUUUUUUAGGGCUUGAGCCCUGUUUCACUUAUAGGGUAUAGAAUGCUUGUGUUGAGUAAAAGGAGAUACCCCAAUAUUCAAAGCUGCUAAAUGUUCUCUUUGCCAUAAAGACUCCGUGUAACUGUGUGAACACUUGGGAUUUCCUCCUCUGUCCUGAGGUCUCUGUCUGCUUUCUUUUUUGGGUUUCUUCGUAGGAGAAUGAGAAGUGCAUGUAUGUAAGAGGGACUGAGAGCGCCCCACCCCCCAGGCUCUCAGCCCCAGCUUAGCCAGGGCUCCUGGAGAACUGCCUGGGGGAGACAGAGGGGAGUGCCAAGGUAGCCAGAAGGUUCCAGGACUGCAGUCUUUAUUUUUAACUGCCACUGCUGCCACCACCUCACCCGGCUCAGGAGUAGUCUGUCCCAGACUAGCGGGAGUGAGCUGGAGGGGGAGCACUGCUUCUCCCCCCCCACACACUUCCUUGGGGGGGAGGACAUUCUAACAGCAGUAGGGAUAGAAGGCAUGAGCCUGUGAAGUGCUUUUAUAAAUUAUUUUCCUCAUAGAUUUUAUUUUUAAUUUAUCUCUGUGACCUGCCAGGGAGAGGAGAAAAAAGAGAUGCUGUGAGCACAUGACAAAUAAAAUAAAAUAAAAUGGA